AUGUCGACGUACAAUUACGCACCACCUCCCCCUCCGCCUCCCACCUCCGGCGGCGCCAGCUUCGGGCAGUCGAGUUCGGCCCCGUAUGGCCAGAGUCGCGGUGGUGGAUCAGGCAGUCGUCGAGGCGGCCACUAUCACGGAGGCCGUGGCGACUAUCACAACUCGCAGCCGCGAUACGAAUACACUGGGCAGCCAUACCCAGCCCAACACGCAGUGCCUUACGGCAGCUCUCACCCGCCGGCGAACAGCUAUCCGGCUGCUCAGCCGCAGUGGACUCCAGACCAUGGCCAUGCUCCCGCACACCACGCACAUCCGCAUGCUCCUGUACCGCUCUCCGCAACAAACUAUCACCCAAACUAUGCUCCCCAGCCUUAUGCUCCGUCUCAAUACCCCCAGCAGGCCCCUUAUGCUGCCCCUCAGCCUUACCCCUAUCAAGCCCCCCCUCCUCCACCCAGCCAGGCGCAGUGGAGCGGUCAAGCGGCUCAUCAGACAUACGGGAAUAGCAGAGGUCGCGGAGGAGGCUACGGUGACCGUGGAGGCCACAAGCCGUCUCAGGGCGUGCCUCCCGUCCGCCACAGCCAUGAAUAUGAUGCGGCACCUCCUCCGAUAGUUGGCAGCUUCCCUCAGUCAUACCCCCCCGAUCAUCGCGUUGUGCAUUAUCCUCCACCCCAAUAUGCUUAUGCAGCGCCCCCGCCUCCUCCCGUUGCCGCUCGUCACCCAGAAUCUUCACACGGCCAGUAUCCUCGCCGAGGACGUGGUGGGCACAGAGAUGGCCAUGGCAAGGGGCGGGGUAGCCAUCACUCCCAUCAUCAUGGGGCCAACGAUAAGCCACGCCUACCAAAGCCGUCCAAUAAUAAUUUGGAUAACGCUUCAAAGCCUGACAAGUCCGAGUCUCCUUCAGUUGGUAAAAAGAAGAAGAGAAAGACCAAUACGCUGGGCCUAACCCCAGGAGUUGACUCGGAAACAGAAGAUGAUGAGGGGGAGGAGAAGACCCUCACCGAGCUAAUUGGUCAAGAAACUCUCAAUAUUAGCGAUGUUGCGGCUUUUAUCGCCGAACGAAAGAAAAAGUUCCCCACCAGAGCGCGCAUCGAAGCCAAAAAGGCCGCCGAGUUGGCGCGAAAAGAAGAGGACAAGGCUGCCUCUCUAGAGAAGGAAGCUGAUAGAUUGAGAAAGCAACUGCGAAGAGUCGAGUUUUCCAUUAAGAGAAAGCGAGAGCAGGGUGAUGAGGGUGACGAAAUGCGGGAGCCCUCUGAUGACUCGUCUGACGAUGAGCCAGAAGUCAUGUCUAGCCGCACUCAAACCGCACCACCUCCCUCUUCCUCAGCCAAGAAGGCUGAUAUCACUAGGCAUUGCAAAUAUUAUUCUACCGGUGGAACUUGCGGGAAGAAGGGCAAGUGCCGCUUCGUCCAUGAUCCCCAAGCUAGAGAAGCGGCGAUCAAAGAACGCGAGGCCAACAAUGGUCGUUUGACUAUCCAGCAGCGGUUAAUCUUGAACGACAAGGAGCAAGAAGAUUUGGCUAUCCUUCAAUCCAUCCAAUAUCUUCGCGAGAAAGGCCUCAUGAAUACUGCUGGAGCUUCGGCGGCGGCUCCCCUCAGUAACGAAGAAAAGAAACUCGCAGCCAAGUCCGCUUCCACAUCCACACCAGUGCCCACAUCUACGCUCACUUCGACAUCUGCGCCCGCUUCUGUUUCUACGCUGCCACCUUCUACGUCCAGCCUCCCUGCUAUCCCACCACAGCCCGCUAAGCGCGAACCACCUCGCAGAAGCAACCCGCCUCCCUCCAUCAUCCCCACCGCUAAUAGUAUCAGCGCUCAGGGGGUGAAGCACUAUCAGGGCUGGCUCCUGAAACCGUACGGAAGCUCAAGUGGGAAGCAGUCACGGAGCGAUGAUUUACCUUGACUGGGCUGUUUGAAUGCGCAUAAACACCCAUUUUCAUAACAUUCUCCUCAAAACUAUCUGAAUAAGCCAAACUCGGAUAUUUAUCUACACAUUCUACACGAUAUUAGAUAUCGUUCCCAAAAACCUGUGUGCAUUUUCUAUUUUUAUUGGUUCUGCUCUUGUUUCAGAGUGUGCUUGCUGUUUUUUUUAUACAAAAGAAAAAUACUCAUUGGGCGGAGUUUGCUUGACAGUCUUGCAAGUGUGACAAAUGUCGACCUGGGGACAAAAGGCGGCGCCAACUGGCUGCUAGGAUCUUGAACAUGGGCUCGGCUGGAUGCCUUGAGAAGCCAGUUCUAACCCAGCUGGGACUAUUCACACGCAUCAUUCUUCGACACCACUCAUGUUUUUUUUUGUCAAUAUUUGGUCUGGUGAUUCCCUGAAGGCUUGCUUGUCUCUCUAUGCAGCUCAACUCGUUUGGGCGCGAAGAGAGACAAGAAGUUGUCUGCCUUUACAAUAACUAACGAUUUUCUCUCUUUCUCAUUAACAAUUUAUAGGAUUCAGUUGAUUGGGUCGAAAAAAUAACUUUUUUUUUUUUUUUUAAAAAAAAAAAGAAAAGGCAAGGAUAAAUUUGUUAUUUACUAUAUGUUAUAUAAAGGCUGGCGAAACUUGUUUCCUCUAUUCUUUUCGUUCGAAUACAUUCUUCUUAGCUGCUCAAAGUUAUGGUUCAUAGGUUCACGGUAGUCAAUACGAUUAUUAUUUUCCC